UAUAUAUAUAUAUAUAUAUAUAUAUAUAUAUAUAUAUAUAUAUAUAUAUAUAUAUAUAUUCCUAAUUAUUUGCAGGUUACUCUGUGUUAAUAGGGAAGUUCUGUCCAGGACAAGGGAGGGUGUGUUUCGCCGCUGGAGCGCCCCUUCUUGAACGCGAGGGAAUGGUAUUCAUCUAUGAAUACGUCAAAGACUUUUUAAUUUCUGUGAUAUAUACCAUUAGACCUAAUCUUGCAACUGGGAGACAGUCGUUUUCUUUCUUUGGUGGCUCGUUGUGUGCGGCCGACGUGAACGGCGACGGCCUUGAUGACAUUUUAAUCAGCGCUCCCUUCUACAGCGACCUGGACGGGACAACGCCAUCAGCAGACGAGGGUCGCGUCUACGUCUACAUCAACGUGGCGGAACAACAACAGGCAGGAGGCGGGGAAAUUAAAUAUUUCAGCAAUGAACCCACAAUUCUUAGCGGUUCGAAAACUCGCGACGCCAGAUUUGGAACAUCCAUGGCCAAUGCAGGGGACUUGAAUAUUGACGGAUUUGACGAUGUCGCUAUCGGCGCACCAUACGAAGACGACGGUAGAGGUGUUGUCUACAUUUAUCAGGGAAGUACAAAUGGCAUUGUACAACAGUACAGUCAAAGAAUACUUGGCAGAUCCAUCUCAGACAGUGUGUUUACGUUUGGGUGGUACAUAUCCAAGUCUGUCGAUAUAGACGGCAAUUCCUACCCAGAUAUCGCCGUGGGCAACUACCUCUCCGACACAGCUGUUGUGUUACGGACACGACCGAUAGCAGACAUCCACGGAAACAUCACCAUGAUUCCGCCGCUAAUUAUUCGAGAGAAAAACUGUCCGAAUUCGAUCCCAGAAGCCAAAGAAGGCUGCUUCGUUAUACGCGUCUGCUUCUCCUUCACAGGGCGACAUCUCCCGGAGAAAUUGGAUGUGAGAUACAACCUGACACUGGAUGCUGGGAAGUCGGUCGAUCGCAGGCGCGUCAGGGCCAACACAACCACAGGACUCUCCAGCACUGCAUCGAACACCAUCAGCGUGACGGGAGAAACGGGGUCCUGUCACACUUACAAUGCUUUUACGUUACCGGAACAACGUGAUCGAGAUAUAUUUCCGUUAGUCCACGUGGUCGCUGAUUUCGUACUCGCUCAACCAGCCGACCCGAUGUCAGAUAUCCAACCCAUCAUGAACAUUACUCGAAACAGGCGGAUAGAGAAGGAUAUAGCUUUCAAAAUCGAAUGUGGGGAAGAUGGUCAAUGUAACGCUGAUCUGCGUCUCCUUCUGUCCGUGAAGAUGUCAAACCCAGAAGAUUACGUCAUCAUCAACAAGACUAAAACCAUCUAUCUGGAGUUUGAGCUGGUGAACAACGGCGAGGACGCAUUCGCCAACGUGAUCAGUGUGACGUGGACAGGGACACUCCAGUACCAGACCGUUAAUUCUGACCCGCUGUUUCCCGUGCUGUGUACGGAUGUGCUGGACCCCGAUGCUACGUACAUGUACCGCUGUGAGGUGAUCCGCCCUGUGGUACGGAAUGACAGCGUCAGGUUCACCAUCUCACUCGAUUCUCACGGCAUCUCCACCACCCAGCCGUCAGUGUCCGUGCAAGCCGUCGCGCAGACGUCGAGCAACGAGACGAACGUAGCAGACGAUCGCGUGGAGGCCAGCGUCGAUGUGAGGAUAGUGGCGAAUAUUAAGAUUACUAGCGCUGUUCAGGAUGACAUUCGACUGUUAGAAUCUCAGCUGGAAACUCGCCACUUGACUCUCUUACACCGAUACGUCAUCACCAACACGGGACCCAGUUUCUUGCCUAGAACGUCCAUCCUGGUAGAUGUCCCCACCUUCACGUCCUCCCAGGAGCUAGUUACUAGUACAGUGGUCAAGAUUCGACACGACGACGGAAGAGAAGAGUUUUGUUCAGCAGUCUUGUCAGAGAGUGAAAUUGGUGAGGACACUAGCAGUACAACAGUCGUCACCACAACGUCUACGUCACGGGGAGGACUUCCAUCGAUUCGUCCCAAACGACGGAAACGAUCAGCGCAAAACCUGGACACCAAUGGUGGAAACAUCGGUGAUAUUACAUGUGAUGAGUAUCCUUGUAGACAAUACCGAUGCGAAAUCUCAAAGUUGAACCCAGGAGAAAAUAUCGCAUUGAAUGCAACCAUGGAAUUGCCAGCCAAUAAUCUUCCGAAGGGAUUCGACUUGUUGAGAUACUACACUCGACUAGAGGUGAAACAACCAAAGCAUCCGUUGUUUUCCGCGUGGCAGCACCCAGCUGAUAGGAACGUGUUGACCUACAUCUAUAUUCAGCGGCCCGGUGGUUCUGUGAACAUUUGGAUCAUCAUUGGAAGUGUACUUGGGGGGUUGUUGCUAUUCCUCAUCCUGCUACUUGUGCUGUGGAGGUUGGGAUUUUUCAAACGUACCAAGAAAGUUGAACUUCAGAAGUGGAAGCGUGAAAGCGGCUAUUACCAGAGAAGUCGUUCAAACACUCGUGGUGGUACCGAGACGAGUCCCACGGCUACAACAGCGCCGUUGUCUUCCAUGUCAGAAACAAAGCCGUCACUAUCUGAUGACAAUGCAAAAUAGCUAACAUAAAAUAAAUAACAUUGUGUGUAAUAUAUGUAGGAUAUACUAAAAUUAUAUAUA